UCUUCCAGGACUCUCUGAUCACUCAACAGACGCAGGUCAAGCUGUCUGUGUACGACGUCAAGGACCGCUCCCAAGGCACGAUGUACCUACUGGGAUCAGCCAUGUUCCCAGUUAAGGAGCUUCUGCAGGACAAACACCACAGACUUCACCUAACCCUCAGGUCAGCGGAGAGCGAACGCAUGGGCAACAUCACCAUCAUCGCCUGGCAGAUAGAAGAGAGGACAGAGCAGAGAGCCACCGCGGCCCGGCAGGACACUAUCAAUGGCAGGAUGAUGCUUCAAGUGGAUGACAGCCUGACUGAGUCAGUGAACAUCAGGGCCAAGUCUGCAUCUCUGUGCAAAGACACACUGCUUAAGGCUGUUUUUGGGGGCACCAUGUCUCGUAUGUAUCGAUUCCCCACCACGGAUGGACACCACCUGAGGAUCCUAGAGCAGAUGUCUGACAGCGUCCUCUCUCUACACAUCCCUCGACAGUUUGUCAAACUACUGCUGGAGGAGGACGCUGCCAGGGUGUGUGAGCUGGAGGAGUUGGGGGAGUUAUCUCCAUGUUGGGAGAACCUGAGGAGGGAGAUCAUUUCUCAAUACCAAACCAUCAUCCUCACCUACCAGGAGACCAUCAGCGACCUGCACCAAUAUAAAGGUUAA